AGAAAACCAGCACUCUGCUUUUCUGCUGCCCAUAUAGCCAAUGAUAGGUUGAAUCCAACAUUUUAGUCGGCAUCUAACUGCCCAAGUAUUGAGACACAACGAACGAAAGUGCAAAGCAAAAAUAGAUAGCAAACGAACGAAAAAACAGAAGAAAUCGUAUAUAGAAUAACCCAAUAAGAAUAUAAAGUAGUAAUAGCCAAUUUCCGGUUAUACUUUCGACAAAAAAGAAGAAGACAAAACAAACGCCACUUUAAAAACCAUGGAUAAGUCACAACCUCCACCAUACACCGAAACUCAGCCAGGCUAUACACCUGCCAGUUACUACCAACCGGGCCAACAGCAACCGAAUCUAUAUCCCCCAAUGCCCCAGCCAGCACAAAAUUAUCAACCCCCACCACCACAACCCCAGGUGCAACAGCCACCAACGGUGAUCAUUCAGACCCGUCCCCAGCUGAUUGGUUUGGGCAACCAGCCGACACGUAUGCAGUGUCCUUCGUGUCAUGCCGACAUCAUGACAACGGUGAAACAUUCAGCCAAUUCCAGGACCCAUUGUUGGGCGCUGUGUCUGUGCUUGUUCAUUUGCUGGCCUUGUGUCUGUGUGCCAUACUGCAUGGAUUCGUGUCAAACUGCCAACCAUACCUGUCCAAAUUGCAAUUCCUACAUUGGCUCUUUUGAUAACUGAUUUCCAUUGAUUUUUAACUUACAAGUAUUAUUAUAAAAAAAAU